UAUAAUAUCUUCAAGGAAACUUACCCGGAUUCUUAUCAGGACAUCCUCAAUACCUACGAAGAACUCGACAUGCUGUCAGAAGCUCCUCAAACGAUUGCGCAGCACACACAAACAUUCCAGAAACUUUACAAGAGGGUAGGCGGUAUUCUUGAUGGAGCUGCUGCCAGGCAAGGUUUUGAGGCCGCUCUUGUCAUGUGUGGUAAUAUUGUCAAUGAAGACUCAUCACUUGGUCAUGUUCACAUGACGCCCAGUGCUGGUGGUUUCUUUGAGAAGCACUGCCAAGCCAGUGAUGAUGCCAUAAUUGGGCAUAUGAAAGCCCAUGUAUACAACACCACCUCACUUACUGCCGUGGAACAGGCCUUCAAGGCUGCUGAAGGGGAUCGAGAGCAGACACUGAUAGAGGUCUUAGAUGUGAGCUCGUCUGAGGCAACGGACCUUGGUGGCAAGUUUGCAGAUAAACCCUUCCCAUGGAUUUUGAUGGCUAGUUCACUUGCUCAUGAUAAUCUAUGGAUCAAGGGGUACCCCGCACACUUAACUUUGAUGCCGGGGGAGUCUCACAAUAGUAAUUCAUGGAGUAAAGGUAUUGGAGGACUGACACAGCACGAAAUCAAUGUGCUCGCUCAUGCAUUGAAGGCAAAGAUAAUGCAUGUGGUGAAAGUAUCAAAAGCUAUCCAAAGUACAUGCUAA